GUCGCGGCCCUUGUGCGCAUGAGCCAAGCGUAAUAGAGUCCGUGAGCUUCACCAACACAAGCGUUAAAACGCGCAGGACUGAACGCCUCUAUCACGAUGGACAGUGAAUGGCUUUUACUUCGCCAUAAAAUAUAUUGUCAUUAGAAAAGUUUUUUUUCUUCUUCUUCUUCUUUUCUUUUCUAUAUUUAUUUUUUUAAGAGGGAAAUGUGGAGGCGCUACUAUGCUUCAGCACUCUGGACAGCGCGCGCGAGUUGAGCCUAAUGUGACUUAUUAGGCUACUGGCUACCGUAAUUAUUUUGUCUCAGAGGAAGAAUCAUGCAGCUGAUAACAUUCAUCACAAACUGGGGCAAAUAUAUGGCAAAGGGGCUUCUAAAGUGAGAAAUGGACUUUGCGGAAAUUCUAUUAGCUUUGUUCAUCGUUGUGGUUGCGAUUGUUUCUUUGGUGUCGAACUUACUGGUGUUGCUAUGUUUCAUCCACAGCAGCGAAAUACGCCGACAGGUGCCAGGGGUGUUCACCAUGAACUUGUCAUUUUGCAACAUACUGAUUUCUGUCCUGAACAUGCCAUCCACUUUAAUUGGGAUUUUAAAGCACCAGCAGCCUUUUGGAGAGUGUCUCUGUGGCACGCUAAGCUUUCUGGAGACCUUUCUGACAGCCAACAGCAUGCUAAGCAUGGCAGCCCUCAGUAUAGACCGCUGGAUCGCCGUAGUUUUCCCACUAAGUUACUCUAGCAAAAUGCGCUACCAGGACGCGUUGGUCAUGGUGUGUUAUUCUUGGCUUCACUCGUUCACGUUCUCUCUCAUCCCGGUGUUUUUCUCAUGGUUUGACUACAGUCCCAUUUACGCAUCCUGCACGUUGCAUUUGAGCGAGGAGAGCACACGGAUUAAGUUUACUGUGUUCACCAUUGCCUUUCAUGCCACCAGCUUCAUGCUCUCGCUUCUGAUUUUGUGCGUUACAUACUUAAAGGUGUUAAAAGUUGCACGCUUUCACUGCAAGAGGAUUGACAUUAUAACCAUGCAGACCCUCUUCUUACUGGUAGAUAUUCAUCCAAGUGUUAAGCAGCGCUGUCUUUCAGAACAAAAGAGGAGAAAACAGCGCGCUACUAAGAAGAUCAGCAUUUUCAUUGGCUCUUUCAUCAUCUGUUUCGCCCCUUAUGUUAUUACAAGGUUGACUGAGCUGUUUCCCUUUGUGGAUGUCAACCGACACUGGGGUAUUGUCAGCAAGUGUUUAACAUACAGCAAGGCAGCUUCAGAUCCCUUCGUCUACUCCCUCCUGCGACAGCAGUACAAGAAGGUCUUGAUAACAGUGGCCAAUCGCCUGUUGAAGCGUGAUUUAAACCCAUCCUCUGGACACAGCAGCUCUAUGGACACAGAGAAUGACUACAGUCUUCAGAGAAUCAGCUAAUGGCACUUGCACAAACAG